CUCUCCGGUCCUUUUCCUCCGCUAAAAGGUAACGUGGUCGCCUCGGCUGCUAGCCGCCGCUCACUAAAAUCUACGUUUUUCUGUCACUUUUAUUCGUGUUAAGUCGCAAAAAGUUCAUCAUGUCGUCCCAUUUGCAGUGGAUGGUCAUCAGGAACUGCUCCAGCUUCCUCAUCAAGAGGAACGGACAGACCUACAGCACUGAGCCCAACAACCUGAAGUCCAGGAACUCUUUCCGCUUCAACGGUUUGGUGCACAAGAAGACUGUAGGCGUGCAGCCAGCGGCUGAUGGCAAGGGAGUCGUCGUCGUGCUGAAGAAGCGUGCAGGCCAGCACAAACCUGCCACCUCUUACGAGAAGAUCACCAUCAACAAGAACUCCCGUGCCACCCUGAACAGCCUGAGGCACAUUAUUAGCAAGAACAAGUACAGGAAGGACCUGCGCAUGGCUGCCCUGCGUCGUGCCAGCGCCAUUCUGAAGAGCCAGAAGCCUGUCGUGGUGAAGAAGAAGCGCACCAGGGCUGCCAAGACAGCAUAAACCAAUUAACAUGAAAAACAAAUAAAACUUCUUAUUUGGAAAAAGACA